UAGCACUUCAAACUUCCUCGGUCAUGCUCUUUCCUACUUCCGACAGAAACAUGCUAUUACCAAUCAGAAUCCACAAUCUCAGAAAACUAUGUACGGUUCCAAACAUCGCUUUCAUCGAAAACAGAGGCAUCCUCGUUUCAGAAACAACACUAGUCAACUCAUCCCUCAAAACUCAUGUUCAUAAUCAUGUAACCAUGCCUGAAGUUAACUCUCGUCUCAAACACUUAGUCAAAACGGGCCAUCUCCAUGAAGCUCGUAAAAUGUUCGACAGAAUGCCUCAGAGAGACGAAAUUUCGUGGACAACCAUUAUUUCUGGCUACGUCAAUGCCAAGAACUCAAGAGAAGCUUUGCUUUUGUUCUCCAAAAUGUGGGUCUCACCUGGGCUUUCCAUGGACCCCUUUAGUCUUAGCAUUGCACUCAAAGUUUGUGCACUCGAUUUUGAUUUGAAUUACGGAGAAUCACUUCAUGGGUAUUUAGUUAAAUCUGGUUUUGUUAACUCAGUUUUCGUGGGGAGUGCGCUUUUAGAUAUGUACACAAAAUUUGGCAAAAUUGAGCAAGGGAUCAAAGUGUUUGAUGAGAUGCCUAUCAAAAACGUAGUUUCAUGGACUGCUAUUAUUACAGGGCUUGUUCAUGGUGGGUUUUAUAAGAAGGGUUUGGUAUACUUAUCUGAAAUGAGGAAAUCAGGAGUGGAAUAUGAUUCUUAUACUUUAGCUAUUGCUUUGAAGGCUUGUGCUUAUUUAGCUGCUUUGAAUUUUGGUAGGGAGAUUCAUACUCAUACCGUCAAGAGAGGUUUUAAUGAUACCUCAUUUGUGGCUAAUUCUCUUUCUACUAUGUAUAACAAAUGUGGAAAAUUAGAUUAUGGUUUGCUUUUGUUUGAAAAAAUGAGUAUACGAGAUGUGGUUUCGUGGACAUCUGUUAUAACGACUUUUGUUCAGAUGGGAGAAGAGAAGAAUGCCUUUGAGGCAUUUAUAAGGAUGCAAGAAGCAGGCGUGAGUCCCAAUGAGUUUACUUUCGCUACAGUCAUCUCUGGUUGUUCUGGUCUUGUGAGAAUUAGUUGGGGUGAGCAAUUACAUGCCCAUGUUUUACGUUUUGGUCUUGCAGAUUCUUUAUCAGUGGCUAAUUCCCUCGUGACUAUGUAUUCGAAAUGUGGGCAGAUAUCUUCCGCUUCAAUGGUGUUUCAUGGAAUGACAAGAAGGGAUAUCAUUUCUUGGAGCACUAUAAUUGCAGUGUAUUCCCAAGGAGGCUGCGGAGAAGAAGCUUUUGAGUAUCUGUCGUGGAUGAGAAAGGAAGGGCCAAAGCCAACCCAAUUUGCUUUUGCUAGUGUGCUUAGUGUGUGUGGAAAUAUGGCAAUUCUUGAGCAAGGGAGGCAGGUUCAUGCUCAAGUUCUUUUUGUUGGGUUAGAACAAGAGGCAAUGAUACAGAGUGCUUUAAUUAAUAUGUACUCAAAAUGUGGGUGUAUUAAAGAAGCUGAAAGAGUCUUUAAUGAGGCUGAGAAUUAUGAUAUUGUGUCAUGGACAGCCAUGAUUAAUGGAUAUGCUGAACAUGGAUAUAUCCAUGAAACUAUUGAUUUGUUCAAGAUGCUUUCCAAGGUUGGUUUGAAACCAGAUUCUGUGACCUUCAUUGGUCUUCUUACUGCUUGUGGUCAUGCAGGACUGGCUGAUCUUGGUUUCCACUACUUCAAUUUAAUGAGCAGUGAGUACCAAAUAAGUCCUUCAAAAGAACACUAUGGCUGCAUGAUCGAUCUACUCUGCCGAGCUGGACGACUAACUGAAGCAGAGCACAUGAUUAAAAGCAUGCCAUUUCAUAGAGAUGAUGUUGUUUGGUCAACACUUCUUAGAGCAUGUAGGAUCCAUGGUGAUGUUGACUGUGGACGACGCACUGCAGAAAAGCUUCUUGAAAUGGAUCCAAAUUGUGCAGGGACUCAUAUCACUCUUGCUAACAUAUAUUCUGCUAAAGGAAAAUGGAGUGAAGCAGCAGAUGUUAGGAAGAUGAUGAGGUCAAAGGGGGUCAUCAAGGAGCCAGGAUGGUCCUGGAUUAAGGUUAAGGAUCGGGUUUCUGCAUUUGUUGCAGGUGAACGAUCUUAUCCAGAGGGUGAAGACAUAUAUGGCAUGUUGGAUUUACUAGCUUCAAGGGUGGAUAUUACUGUCCAGGAGUUAGGUUCUCUUCUAGAUCUUGAGGAUUAGCAUGAAGUGAAGAUUCAAUUUCAUUGUUUCAUUACAGGUUUUGGCCUCGUACUCUUGAUGUUGUGACUUGUUGAAAGCUGCAUUUAACAGUGGCAAGGAGCUAAUCAGUAGUUGACAGUGACAACAUACAACCGUUAGCACUUGAUUUUUUGUGCAAACGAAGUUAUGAAGACUAGGACAUGCAUCUGAUGGGCCGGUGCUUAAACAAAUUUUAAAAUUAAAAUGAGAUGGCAUCUUUAUAUGCAGCUUAAAUCAUGAAGUAAGCUGCAAACAUUUUGCCCUAGAUAGUCACUGAUACUGGCGUUGGAGGAUAUAUUGGAUAUGUUUCUUUCCUAUGACCUGAUGUGUUGCCCAAAGGCAAGUGAUGGCAGUCUGCAUUUCUUAAACUCCCGAGAUUUUCAGAAAUUUGCUCUCAUUUAAGCAAGAUUUGCCUUUUAGUCCAUGGCAAGCAGUGACAAUUUCAUUUCUUGGACACUUAACGCCUUCAGAGUUUACCUGGUAUCUAGCUAAGAAUUUUACAUUCAUUUGAGAAACGUUUAUAUGAGUAGUAGUUUUCCACCAAUCCAAGUGAUAUAUUGCUAGCUUCCGUUGUCUUCUGCAAGAAAGUUUGCAGUUUUUCUGUUUUUAACAAGAAGGUUGAAGUGGAGGAACCAGUUGGACUAUGACUUGAACGUGGUUGCGGAAGAGUAGAAGACUCUGUCCGGUCUAUUAGAAGCUGAUCUAUUGUAAUAUUUUUCUUUUCCCUCAUUUGACUGGUAAAAGACUUAGAAUGUGAUAUAUUGCAAGUAAAAGACUCUGUUAUUCUUGACAACUGCUUCGGUGCUUCCUCUCUCCUCCUUUUUGGUGCCCAAAGAUCUAUGUGGAUGCUUCUAUAAAACUAUGUUAAGGCUCCGAGGCUCACAAAUUAAGCAAAUAGAAGCUAUGGAAGAAUCUUCAGUCUACGCAGCAGGAACACCAGGCACA